AGGAGAUAGGAUAGGGAUAGGGUGGGGACUUAAAUUUAUAUCUCUGUCCAGGGCUGGAUGCCCCCCCACCAACAUGGACACUGGUGGAUACAGCAAGCUGGGUAGCGCCAUCGAGGAGGUUCCCCGAGGGCAGUUGGGACGCUGGGAGCACUACAAACAAAGGCUUUUCUUCCUGGUCUUGGCUUUCCUGGUGGCCACAGUGCUAUGGGCCCUCAUUCUGAGCACCCUGUUGUCCAAGGCCUCCAGCGAGCGCAGGGCACUGCUGAGCCACCAGGACCUGCUGAAGACAAACGCCUCAGAGCAAAAGAUGAUGUUGAGUUCCCUGAAAGAGGAUGUCGGAGGCUGCAGGAACUGCUGCUCCGGGAUAAAAGCGCAGUUGCAAACCACACUCGCUGAGUUUAAGGACACGCGGGCAAAGCUGAUGGAGCAGGAGAGCGCCCUUAAAGAACUGCAAGAGCGUGUGACCCAGGGCCUGGCUAAAGCAGGCAGAGAUCGUGAGGACAUCCGCAGUGAGCUGCUCCAGGCACUGGAAGCUGUCAAACAACAGAACAGAUCCUGCGAGCAGUGCCCCACAUCAUGGCUGCUCUUCCAAGGCUCCUGCUACUAUUUCUCUGAGACGCAGGCUGUGUGGGACACAGCGCAGAGCUACUGCUCAGCCCGCGGUGCCCACUUGGUGAUUGUCAAAGGCCCAGAGGAGCAGGGUUUCCUGAGUCAGCAUACACGUGGCCGAGGCUACUGGUUGGGUCUGAGGGCAGUUCGCCGCCUUGGCAAGAUUCAAGGCUACCAGUGGGUAGAUGGAGUCUCACUCACCUUCAGCCACUGGAACUCUGGAGAGCCCAAUGACUCCAGAGGGCAGGAGGACUGUGUCAUGAUGCUACACUCGGGGCUGUGGAAUGAUGCGCCAUGUACCAAUGAGAGGGAUGGCUGGGUCUGUGAGAAGAGGAGCAGCUGCUGAUCCUGGCCAAUGUCCCAGUGCCAUGCCCAUUGCCUCAGGGUGGAUCAGAAGUCUGGCUCACGUUCCUCGGGCCCACUAUCUGAGGAUUUUUCUUCUAAUGCACCAUUACUAAGAGUCACUCAGCCUGACCUUCGGAGACCCCAGCUCCAACCCACAAAACCUCCCAGCUAACCUGACUUUGGUCAGUUUCAAAAUCUCUGCUCUAAAGUCCUGGUCAUCUGCUCCCCCACGUGCCCGCCUAGACACAGGGUUAGAGCUGUUCUAUCUUCCUGCAUCCCCCUAUCCCAUCCCUCUGAGUUGGAACUAUCUCCACAGAGUGAAGAAGCACCAAUAAAUGUUUAAAAGAUGAA